GUUCAUUGAAUCUUUCCAUGUGCGGUGGCAGUGCUAGCCUCUGUACACGUAUAACUACUCCAGUCGAUAGAAGAGGGUGAGAAAUAGCCAUGAAAACUGCAAACGCCGAUGAUACUCCAGGAACAUCAUUCGCCUUUAAGGGCACUGAGUAUACAAUUACCAUCGCUUCAUCAUCAGUAGCUACCCCCCACCGCCCGCUGUAGAUGCGGAAAAACAUUGCGCGUCUGCAUCGUCUUGCUCAAGUGGUCCUGGUUCUGAGAAAAGUAUCAGUAUCACCGCUCUUCCACCAAUCAUCGACGAGAAUCCACAUCCUCAUCAUUCCCCUUUUCCCUCCCCUGCCUGAAUACAAACCACCCUCCAUUUUCACUGCCGUCCAAUGGCGCGCUUUACGAGCUGUCUCCUUUUGUCUAUCCCUGAUUUUUCUCAUUGGCAUCGUGCUUGCAGCAUCUGUCAGCAGUAGCUUAAUCGCUGCCAAAGACCUAUCCAUCCGUCUUCGCGGUGGGGACCCAGAAAAGGAUAGGCCGUUCUGGCAGGAGGAAUGCCAGCGGCGGGAUGCAAGGGAGAGUGCGGCGUGGGUGUGGGACGAUGAGAAACGAAAGCUAGCAGCCAAACCCUCAGUUCCACGCUCUGAAGUAGACGCUGAGGAACGAAGUGUGGGCAUUGGCAAAGCGCCCUAUGAACCACUGGAAGGCGGUCAAGACCCCCUUACACCCAAAGCAGAUGGGCAAAGCCACCCUGCAAACGGGGGUAGGAAAUACCCUGUUCUAAUGCUCCCGCCCAUGGCGCUCUGGGUUGCGGGUUCGGAUCAGCUUACUGAUGGCAGUCGGCUAAAAGGCGGCUAA